AUGCUUUUUGCUGAUGAUAUUGUAUUAAUAGCUGAGUCUCGGUAUGAGGUUAAUGUAAAGCUAGAACAGUGGCGUGCAUCGCUGGAGGGUUAUGGGUUGCGUUUGAGCCGUUCUAAGACUGAGUACCUUUGCACCAAUUUCAGCGAGGAGAUUCACGAGGAGGGUGUAUCUGUAUGUAUUGCGGAGUCUCGUGUACCACAAGUUAAUACCUUUAAAUACUUGGGUUCUAUUAUUCAGAGUAAUGGUGAUAUUUCUGCGGAUGUGACUCAUCGUAUUUCGAUAGGAUGGUGUCGAUGGAGGGCUGCUACUGGUGUCUUGUGUGAUAAAAGUGUACCGUAUCAGUUGAAAGGUAAAUUCUAUCGAGUAGCGAUCAGACCGUCAUUGCUAUAUGGUUCUGAGUGCUGGCCAUUAAGAAAAGCUCAGGAGCGUAGGCUAGAGACAGCGGAAAUGCGUAUGUUGCGUUGGAUGUGUGGUAAAACCAGGACAGAUCAUAUACCAAAUGUUACUUUUCGACGCCUUUUAGGUGUGGAGGCUAUCUCUAAGAAAAUAAGGGAGGGGCGUUUACGUUGGUAUGGACAUGUUCGACGAAAAUGUAACUCGGCCACGGUUAGAAGAGUUGAACAUAUAUCGGUUCGGGGUAAGAGAAAGAGAGGUCGGCCCCGUCGGACGUGGGCUGAUCAAUUAAGUUUAGAUAUGGGAGCCCUAAAUCUCACGGGUGAUAUGACAGUAGAUAGAAAUGAUUGGAGAAGACGUAUUAGAGUAGUUGAGACUCGGUCUCGUGGCGUCUAG